GUCGCCGCGGGGCCCGGGACUCAUUCUUCUUCCUUCUCACCCGGGCUAGGGCGGCGGCGGCAGCGGGGGCGGCAGAGACCAUCACGGGAGAAGGCAGCUGCGGCGGGGCCGAAUCCUAAUGUGCCUGGCUCGCUGGUGGUGAUCAGGGGUUUAGGGGCCAACGUGGUGGGCUCCUCAAGUAAACCCCUUUGAAGCCAAUGGAUGCAUUCACGGGCUCGGGACUCAAGAGGAAGUUUGAUGAUGUGGAUGUGGGCUCAUCCGUGUCCAACUCAGAUGAUGAGAUUUCCAGCAGUGACAGUGCUGACAGCUGCGAUAGCCUCAAUCCUCCAACAACUGCCAGCUUCACACCCACAUCCAUCCUGAAGCGGCAGAAGCAGCUGCGGAGGAAGAAUGUGCGCUUUGACCAGGUGACUGUAUACUACUUUGCCCGACGCCAGGGUUUCACCAGUGUGCCCAGCCAGGGUGGUAGCUCUCUGGGCAUGGCCCAGCGCCACAACUCUGUACGCAGCUACACACUCUGUGAGUUUGCCCAAGAGCAAGAGGUGAACCAUCGCGAGAUUCUUCGUGAGCACCUGAAGGAGGAGAAGCUCCAUGCCAAGAAGAUGAAGCUGACCAAGAAUGGGACGGUGGAGUCGGUGGAGGCUGAUGGCCUGACCCUGGAUGAUGUUUCUGAUGAAGAUAUUGAUGUGGAGAAUGUGGAGGUGGAUGACUACUUCUUUCUACAGCCUCUGCCCACCAAACGGCGACGGGCUCUGCUCAGAGCUUCUGGAGUCCACCGCAUCGAUGCGGAAGAGAAACAGGAAUUGCGAGCCAUCCGCCUGUCGCGGGAAGAGUGUGGUUGUGACUGUCGCCUGUACUGUGACCCAGAAGCAUGCGCCUGUAGCCAGGCUGGGAUUAAGUGCCAGGUGGAUCGCAUGUCUUUUCCAUGUGGCUGCUCCCGGGAUGGCUGUGGGAACAUGGCUGGGCGCAUUGAAUUUAACCCUAUCCGGGUCCGAACUCAUUACCUCCACACCAUCAUGAAGCUGGAGCUAGAGAGCAAACGUCAGGUCAGCCGCCCAGCUGCCCCAGAUGAGGAGCCAUCACCGACAGCCAGUGGCAGCCUGCCAGGGGCACAGGGCUCCGAAACACAGGACUUCCAGGAGUUCAUUGCUGAGAACGAGACAGCAGUGAUGCACCUGCAAAGUGCAGAGGAACUGGAACGGCUCAAGGCGGAGGAGGACUCGAGCGGCUCAAGCGCCAGCCUGGACUCCAGCAUUGAGAGCCUGGGCGUGUGCAUCCUGGAGGAACCCCUGGCUGUUCCUGAAGAGCUGUGCCCAGGCCUUACGGCUCCCAUUCUCAUCCAGGCUCAGCUGCCUCCAGGUUCCUCUGUCUUAUGUUUUGCUGAGAACUCAGAUCACCCAACUGCCUCAACGGUGAACAGCCCAUCCUACUUGAACGGUGGGCCACUGGUCUACUAUCAGGUGGAGCAGAGGCCAGUCCUAGGAGUGAAAGGAGAGCCUGGUACAGAAGAGCCCCCACCCCCUUUCCCCAAGGAGAAGGAUCUGAGUGUCUUCUCUCUCCCUGUUACCUCACUGGUGGCUUGUAGCCCCACAGACCCAGCUGCCCUCUGUAAAUCAGAGGUGGGAAAAGCACCCACUCUAGAAGCUCUAUUGCCUGAAGAUUGUAACCCUGAAGAACCUGAGAAUGAUAAUUUUCACCCCUCAUGGUCCCACUCAAGCCUCCCCUUCCGUGUGGACAGUGAAGAAGCCUGCGGGGCAGAGAAGCCCUCCCAGAAGAGUGAGGACCGGCCUGCAGAGGACACUGCUCUAGAACUCCCUCUGACGGUGUGAUGUGGGAUGGAGAGUCUGCCUCUUCCCCAUUCUCUAUUUAUUCCCUUAUUUUAUCUAAUGCCAUUUCAAAACAAAACUAUAGAAGCAUCUGCUGCUCCCAUGGUAUUUCAUUUGGGGCUGUGGGGAGUGGGUAGGAAAGGAUUGUUAUACAAGUAUUUUUUAAAGGGGAAUCAGAACCAAGAAGACCAGCCCCAACUUUGAUCUGGGAGUUGGGUCUUGAGCUGAGGUUGCAUAGUAGUACCGAUUACUGAGCUUUCUGGGCCAUUGGAACAAAACUAGGAUCAAACAGGAGAAGCUGGGUAAUUCAAGCAGCUAUUCUUUAUGUAGGGACCAGAACACAAGAAUGUGAGCAUCAAGGCAAAGCCCCUUCUCUCCUGAAUUCCAGACUCCUUUUUUCUUAGUCCUUCUCUGAUAGCCCAUUUUGGUGUAUCAUUGCAGUACAAUUGGAAAUGUUAACUGAUUGACUCAAGAGCGGAGAGGAUGGAAGGGGUUUUCCUUCUGUAUAAAACCUCCAGGGAUUUAGAAUACUUUGACCUGCCUUUCUCUUACCCCAUUUUUGGUAAAUAAGUUUCUAUUUGACAUGUUUGCUGUUCCCUGACCUGUUCCCCACCCUGGGAAUUCCUGGUCUAUAACUUGAAUUGCUGCUUUCACAAGUUCUUAGGUACCAGA